GCCACAUCCGUAUUGGAAGAAGCUGAAUCAAGUCUUGUCUGCAAGGGAGCGAUGUACAAACAAGAAUUCAAGCCGCUUUCUUCUCAGCUGACCGCACAACUUCGAGCUGAAGCGAACACUGCUGGACGAUCCGUGUUCAGUGUGCGCUGCUUUGGAAAAGUUUCUUCUGAAGGUAAGUAGACGUAAAGUGCAUUAUGACGCCCAUAACAUUUCCACAUUGCCUCAAAUGUUCGAGCGUGCAAUUUUAACGCCUGCAUUGUUUGUUUAUUUGCAGGACCAAUGUGUACAGAAUGCAAUUCCCUAAGGAAAGCGUUACUAACAAGAAAGUCGUACAUUAAUUCUCGUGUACGCCUUCCUGCAAAGAAAACCCUUUCUUCACGAUUGACGCAACAAAAAAAGAAGACGGCACGUCUUCAAAAUCUGGCACAUGUGCUAAAGAAAAAGUUGAGUGCAAUGCUAGCCAAGAAUGUGGCAAUUGCUGAAGAAGAAUUGAAUGCAAAAGUAGCUCUCCUACCAGAGAAGCAACGUGAGGCAACUGUGCACAUAUUCAAAGCUUCGUCACGGAAGAGUACUAAAGGCAUGAUGUUCUCGAAUGAGUGGGUGCUCGAAUGUUUGCUUAUGAAGCUGAAAAGUGCGAAGUUGUAUGAGCAUUUGAGACGGGAAAAAAUCUUAGUCCUCCCUAGUAAGACUGCACUUCGCAAAUAUUUGAAAUGUUACAGAACUGGGUUUGGAUUCAGCCACAAAAUUUUUGAUGUGCUGAAACAAAAGACAAACACUAUGGACGAGUUUUCAUGUCACGGAGGCCUCAUCGUGGAUGAGAUGAAACUCUCGGAGCACCUGUCGGUAAACAGUGAGGGCCACAUUGAUGGCUUCGUGAACUUGGGUCAAUUUACGUCUGACAAAGAUAAGCACACUGUAUGUGAUCAUGGCAUGGUAGUAAUUUUUGUGCCCUUUGUGGGAAAGUGGACACAAAUACUCGCUGCAUUUGCGACCCAUGGAAACGUAAAUGGGGACCUGCUGACAAAGAUCAUGCUUGAAGCUGUCAUUUUAGCUGAAAAGGCAGGACUCAAAGUUGAUUUUAUUACGUUCGACGGUGCCACUUGGAACCGGAAGAUGUGGUCUUUAAUGGGCAUCAAAGCAUCACUGACAGAAACGAAGUGCAGCACAUUGCAUCCAGUGGACCCAACGCGCAAACUUCAUUUUUUGUCAGACUUUCUCCACCUGAUUAAGUGCCUGCGGAAUGGAUUGUUGUUGUUGGUGGUCUCCUUGAAUACCAUGCAUUUUUAUUAA